CUCUCGUUCCGGGUGCUAGUGAUCGGCGUCGCGACGCUCGCCUGUCGGAUCAAAGAGUUUUAUCUAAGAACCGUGAUCCGAUGCGCCACGUGCGCGAUGGGAAUGAUGGGAAUGUUCAAAUGGCUCAGAAAAGAUAACGUGCAAAGGGAUCGAAGUGGAUGGAACUCGGCGCAAAAACAAUGCGGCCUAAAUAAUGAAUCGUACCGCAAUGCUCUUCAGGCUUUCAUAGAUCGCAGACGGCCUUCCGACGACACGCAGAUCGAAGCACCAUGCAGUCCCGACAAGUCGAGAGCCGAUUAUCUAGCGAAGAAUAAUAAUAACAAAUGCGAUAAUGAGAGAAAGUCGCGAGAAUCAAAGUUGACCGCAACCGGUUUGCCGCAUAUAGCACCCUCCGAGAUUUUUGAAAUCGGAUGGGUAGCGGGCACGGAGGACCGAUAUCUCGAGCUGAUUUUUGCCGAGUGGCAGAACACUCGAGUCUCAUUGAAGAGGCACUCACAUCCGGAAUGCAAAGACGCUGUCAAAGCGGAUUUAGAUGUACUUUCGGAAGUUCGACACCCUAACGUGUUACUGUUGAUGGCCAGCACUUUCACCGACGAACAUGGUUUAAUUUCGAUCUUCGAAUCUAUCGACUGUACUCUUUAUCAUUAUAUACACGACCAGGGUGAACGAAUACCCAUACAAGGCAUCGCAAAGUGCGGAGGAAGACUAUCCGAUGCGUUAAGACAUGCUCACAUGCGCGGGUACGUGCAUACUGCCAUCAGCUCGCAUUGCGUCUAUCUGGCUUCUAAUGGUCUAGUAAAACUCGGCGGAUGGGAACUGGCCAUGCACAUCGACAGUCCGAAACCGGACAGAGAAUACGAGGAACGGCUACGGACCGAGAUUUACCGCUGGCAAGCGCCAGAACUUUUUGUCAGAUACGAGCCACACACAGAAAGCGACGUGUACGGUUUGACAUUAUUGAUUUGGGAGAUGUGUACAAUGCACGUACCAUGGAGCGGGUAUAGCAAAGCAGACGUGGAAAGGCAGUAUUCGCAUUGGAAACGUGGUGUUAUCACCGAUUUAUACGAUUUUCCACCGUUGCUGCAUAAUCUGUUAGACGCUGGAUUACAAUUAGAUUUUAAUAAAAGGACAUUAGACAUGAACAGGAUGCGUAGAUUUCUCCAAAGACUAGAGAUGCAAUAUGAGGAUGAGGAUCCGGUAUAUGUUGAUCAGUCUGUAAAUAAUAAUAAUAAUAACGAAACCGGAAAGACUUGCGCCUUGCCAGAGACGAAAUCUCCGAAAAAUAAACCUUUGAAAUUGACCAAAAGUCUCUCGGCUAAACAGCUGUCCUGUCCGACGAAAAAUACUGAAUCAUCGCUGAGGCAGUAUUUGCAUUCAAGGAAAUCAAUGCCCAAGAGAAAUGCGAAUCUAAAGGCGAUGGCACAUAUCGAGCAAAUGCUCGACGAUGAUAUUAAAUGUAACGCGAGAGAAGACCUGCAGAAGAAUAUGAACGCAAUUAGCAACAUGCAUAUUAAUUACAAGAAAACUAGAAAUCAUCCGAAUUUCAAUCAAGAGAUCUUAGAUACUGAUCAAUACGAGGAAUCUAACGCAGGAGGAAUGUUGCAACCGUGGAACAGCACUUAUAGGAAAGUCAAAGCACCGCAGGAGAUAGAAUCGAGAACGACGUCGGUAUAUUCGUCACCAUUAAUCGACUCAACAGACGAUGAAUCUUAUAAAGACGCGAGGACCAAUUUACAACAGCUGAAGAAAACACUGGCGUGCAAAAGGGAGCACUUCUUUUAUGGUAGCGACUCGUCACAUGCUUCCACGAAUUUGAGUUCGAACACGAAUAAAAUAAUCACUGAAGUAAGGAGCAAGGAUUACGAGCCACAUAAGCCAGCUAGCCAUAAAACUAGCUUCGAACCUAAAUAUAAUAAAUCUCCAAGUCAGUAUGACCCAUCUUAUACAAAGUCAACGUAUCAAGAACAUCAUAAGGUUCCCUAUUUACACACGCCUGACAGUAUCAGAGGCGCGAUAGUGCGAUCGCGCGUAUUAAAUUCUGAUCCUCAAAGCUUUUUCGAAACUUCAUUAUGGCGGAAAGAGAAGUUGAUUUGCCUAUCGAAAAUGCGGAAGACUUGUGCCAAUGAAUCCUAUCUCGUACAACACCCGGAUGAUAACGAUACCGGUUCUACUGAGACUAUUGCAAAAAGCCCAGAACCAGCAGAAUCGGUGUCUGUUAGUAGUGAUAACACCUACGUUAUAAGGAGGCAGUCGGAUGGAGAUAGUCAAGAAGGGUUUACACAAGUGUCUAAAAAUACAAAGGAAUCGCCUGUACCCGAUGACUCUCAGAAUGAACCAUUACAAGUUUUAAAAGAUGCUUUAGACCGUGCUACGGAAAUUGUACGCACCGUUUCGCCUAGCAUCGAGUCCUGUACAUCUCCAUCUCCAUCAUUUAAAUGUGACGAGAAUUUCGAAGAACGAAUAGAAGAUAAUGAAGCGAAUAGGUCCGUCUUCGAAGAGCUGUACAAUUUACAUACUGACAGUGACGAUACUAAAAUUGAAACAAUCGAAAGAUCAACGACAGGUAACAAGACAUUCCUGGUCGUCAAUUCUAACGAAAGCGACUUGACCAGCGACGACAUGCAGAAUGAAUCCAGUAGUAUCAUUGUCAGCGUCACCAGCUUUGAAAGAGCCGAUCAUUCACAUGACGUAUCAAGCAGCAGAAACUUCGUUUGCGAAUCGAUCGCUGAAGUAUCAAGCGAAUUGAACGUAUCGUACAAUGAUACAGUGUUACCUGAGAAGGACGAUCCCCAAUCUCCAAACGACGAAAUAAUCAGUAUUCAAGAGAAUAAUAAAGCUUCUGAGAAUGUACAGAGCGCUGCAACAAUGCGUAAGGACGUCGAGGCUCAAGUAGAAAUUAAGGAAGAGUCAAAUUUAAAUACCCCGGUAAACUCUUAUCUAAUGCUUUUAAAUGAUUCCAUGAAAAACAAAGACUGCAAAUCGUGUCAUUUAACAAGACGGCGUUCUUUGCCAGCAACGUUGAGCCAAUUGAAAUCACUUAACAACUCCACUUUAGGGAAACUACCAAUACGCAGAGGGGGCAUUCUAGAUAAUACUGUUGAAGACUUAUACAUAGACGAUGAAUUCGGUGACACUUUAAAUGUCAACAUGCUUUUGUUAAACGAAGAUUUAUCGAUUGACGAAGAUUUCUUAUCCGAGAUAUCAGAUAUACUGAAAAUGUUGAAUCGACAGUAUGCACGAGUGCUAUGGACACAAAUAUUCGAACGUAAAACUGUCUGUAACCCUUUACAAUUUAUCGGUGUACGCACACUUUAUAAUAACCAUGAAGCUGUUAUGCACUUCAUAAGAUAUUUACGUAAGCGGCAAAUCACGGUGGGUACAGAUUCACUUGAAAAGAAAUGGAACGAUACUACCGAAAGACCACCGGACAAGAUGUUCUUCAAGUUCUCUUCACCCAAGUCUUCCGACUUUUUAACAUUUCAUUGGAAAGAUUGGUGGAAACAGAAAAAAGAUGAAUUCCUGAAAUUUAUUGAAAAACGCCAGUACGAACAGUAUGUUAAAUCAGGUCCAGACAUAGCAGCAGCCAAGUUUGUCAUAGAAUUUGGUGGUAAAGUAAGAUUUAAAGGUCACGAUGAAUGGUUAGAUAAAACUAAGAAGAAGGUUAUUUCUCAAUUACCAAAGGACUACGAUGAAACAUACAUCUUGGAAGAACUGGAUUUAAAUAAAUAUCCUCUGCGAUACGAACAUCUUCAUUUCAUUUGUAAUCUGUAUUAUUUGAGAAGUCUCUCCCUUAAAGGAUGUAAAUCGAUUGAUGAUUGGGCUCUGGAUAAAUUGUCUGCAGAAUUUCCAUCGUUAGAGUAUUUAGAUAUAUCAGAGUGUGAGAAUGUGACAGAAAGAGGCAUUGAGGCAUUAUAUAGGAUGCCCAACUUAAAGAAGUUGAUUGUAACGAACUAUCAUGGAAGUGCUGCAUUUGAUUUAACAUGUUUCAUGCUGGAGGAUAUCAAUCCAUAUUUAACAUGCCUAGUUCAGCAAGCAAAGAUCAAAACUCUACCACAAAAUUAAUGUACAAAAGAAUCAUAGUAAUUGUCAAUAGACUUGUAUCACAUAUAUAGUAAAAUAUAUUAUUUUAUUUGACAAAAAUA